GGGACAGCAGGCGCAGUAGUCACUGGUGAAGGGCACGGGUCGUAUUGCUGUACGGGAAAAGAAGGAAUAAAACAUGGCAGGACACGAAUCUGGAAACUACCACUUCACCGGCAUAAAGAAAUACUUCAAUUCCUACACUAUGCUUGGCCGGAGGAAUUGUGUGCUAGCCACAUAUGGAGCAAUAGCUGCAAUUGUCCUCUUCUUUAAAUUAAAGCCAAAGAAGCAAAAGGCCCUAACAGAGCAAUAA